CCGACCUCUAAUGUCAGUGGCAGGAGAUGGGCAUGCAAGAGUUAUUCCUGUCAGUCAACAGGCAGCAGGAGACAAGGAAGGAUGUAGGGAGAGAUUAAAUGAGAGAGUAGCAGGGGGCAGAGAGAAAAGAGAGAGAGAGCGAUACACAUGCACACACAGAGACAGAGAGAAGCAGUUAAUUCCUUAUCAGGAGUGAUGGCCUGCAUGCCUGGUUAGCAUAUUUCUGUGGUUGUCGGUAAUAAACACGUACCAUGGAGGGGAGAAACGAGAAGUUGUUCUCCAGAAAAAGAAGUUUCACAUUCGGAGCUUAUGGCGGGAUUGACAAAUUCAUCACUGGAAAUGAGAGCAGGUCAGCUUACAGUUUGGGUUUGUUGCUGUGGUCAGGUGUCUGGACUCAGUUACCACAUGCAGACUUUUCCAGAACGCUUGUCUCUGUGUGUUACAGCUGUGCAGAAUCCAUGGGUCACAGCAUACUGGAUAUUUUGGAUUCCCCCUCCAGUGAGGCUAAGCCACUCACUUCUGCACCGUCCAGUCAGAAGGUCACUGAGUUGUUUGCAAUCAUUGAAAAGCUACAGGGUAGCAGAUUGGAUGAACAACGUUGUGAGUUUCCACCACCUCUGAGGACACGGCUGUUAAAGAUUGGAGAUGGAUUACCUCUCAUCCUGCCCCCUAAAUCUGGAGGUUAUUGGAUCGACCCUCCCCUGGAUAGACACGUGGAGACCAGCCCUACUCUCUCACAGGGGGGAUUUGGUCUGGAGAGCUAUGACAUCAUGGAGAGAGACAGUGAAGCUAAAGUCUAUCAGGAAUUCUUCCGCCAUAGAUAUCAUCAUUCGUUCACUGCCAGUGACCCCUCUCUUGGGCCCCUAGUUUUAUCUGUUUGUCUUGAGGAAGAGGAAAAUCGCCUGAGAGUCAUUCUGAGAAUGAAGGAGUGCUCAAUUCAUGGCACAUUCUCUGUUUCUCUCUUUCAACAAUUCCCCACGGCAGUGGAGCUGGCAAAGAUGCUGUGCUCAAGUGUCAGCAUGUCAUGCUUUGAGGCUGUGAGUUACUUAAAGGCCCCAGAGAUCAUAAUGGCAUUUGAUGAACACAGGGUGUCUCAAAACUUUAAAUUUGGUGUCUUAUACCAGAGAGAAGGACAGUUAACAGAGGAAGAUAUUCUCAGUAACACUGAGGAAAGUGAGGAGUUUUUGGAGUUUUUAUCAAUACUCGGGCAGACAGUCAAACUGCAAGGAUUUACUGGCUUCAGGGGAGGUUUGGAUGUCUCGCAUGGCCAGACAGGAAAUGAAGCAGUUUUCACCUCCUUCCAUGGACGAGAGAUUAUGUUCCAUGUUGCCACUAAACUGCCGUUCACAGAAGGAGAUACACAACAGCUCUACUCUUCUGUUUUCCCCUCUCAGUUACAGAGAAAGAGACACAUUGGGAAUGAUAUUGUUGCCCUGGUAUAUCAGGAGGGUCACACUCCCUUCAUUUCGGAUGUGAUCAGAUCCCACUUCUUGCAUUGUUUUAUUGCAGUGCGGAGAAUAAAGAGAGAAAAUGAGGGAGAAGGAGGAGAUGGAGGAUCAUUUCAGGUAUCUGUCACUGCUAGGGAGGAUGUGCCCCCAUUUGGCCCACCCCUUCCUACACCACCCAUUUUUACAGAGGGCUCAGUUUUAAGAGAGUUCCUUUUGACCAAACUUAUAAAUGCUGAAAUCUCUUGUUACAAGGCCGAGAAAUUCAGUCGACUGGAGUUACGUACACGUUCAUCUCUCUUGGAAGCAUUGCGAUCUGAACUGUCUUCCCGCUCCCAAUGCAUGUUGGGAGAGCCGUCACUGCCUGGCAUCCCCCUCACUGAAGGAGGGAGGAAUGUUCCAGAGGGUGGUGGAGGAUUCAUUGAGAACUUUAAGAGAGCUAUUAGAGUGCGAAGCCACUCGUUCGAUACCUUGGGAGUACCAAAGAAGGCAGGUGGUGUAGCAGGGCAGCGACCAAAGGAUGGUGAAAGCGAGCAGACAAGCAGCGUGGGAUACACUGAGAUGAGAGGUCAAACCAGCCCUCAGGAUGACCUAUAGAUGAAGGUUGUUACUCUUUCGGCCUUAAGCACAAAAAAGACUUCAAGACUUCUGAAGACCUCAAGAUAGGUGCUUACCAUCCAUUAAAGAGUACAAAGCACAAUUAAGCAAAUAGAUUUUACUAAUACUUUGUGUAUUAAGGUAAGUUGUGACUAGCUGCAAGUGCAAUCAUGAAUAUAUAAGAUUUCAGAUAUUGUAUAUUAUCAUUUGAAUGUCUUCUUUAAAGUGGCAUAGUUAAGAUUCAGUGGCUGCUUAUAACUGAUGUACACCAGAGAAGAUGGGUUUAAUUUCUGGAAAUGAACUAUUUUUCUGAAAUGUAUUCAUCCAACUGUAAUUAAAUAUUUAAGUGUAUUUCAAAUAUAUUUCAGUUUGAUCUGCAAAUGAGAGACCCAAUAAAUCUGAUUAGAACA